AUGGUGAUGAGCGUGGCCCUGAUCUGGGCGGUGGUGGUGGGGCUCUGCUGCUGUCUCUGGCUCAUCGUGGGGAUCCGCAGGAGACAGCCCGGCGAGCCCCCGGUGGAAAAUGGCUGGAUCCCGUACAUGGGUUGCGCCCUUCAGUUCGGUGCCAACCCCCUGGAGUUUCUCCGCAGCAGGCAGAAGAAGCACGGGCACAUUUUCACCUGCAAGAUCGCCGGGCGCUACGUCCACUUCCUGUGCGACCCCUUUUCGUACCACUCGGUCCUACGGCAGGGGAGACACCUGGACUGGAAGAAGUUCCACUUCGCCGCUUCCGUCAAGGCGUUCGGACACGAGAGCAUGGACCCAAGCCACGGCUACACCACGGAGAACCUCCACCAGACCUUCCUGAAGACCCUGCAGGGCAGCGCCCUCCCCUCCCUGAUCGAGAACAUGAUGGAGAACCUACAGACCGUCAUGCUCCAGUCCAACAUGCUCAAGUCCAGCAGCUCCGAGUGGGAGGUGGACGGUAUCUUCGCCUUCUGCUACAAGGUCAUGUUCGAGUCCGGCUACCUCACGCUCUUCGGGAAGGAGCUGGACGGCGACCAGAGCGCUGCGCGCCAGCAUGCCCAGAAGGCCCUGGUCCUCAACGCCCUGGAGAACUUCAAGGAGUUCGACAAGAUCUUCCCGGCGCUCGUGGCCGGCCUGCCCAUCCACGUCUUCAAGAGCGGCCACAGUGCGCGGGAGAACCUGGCGAAGACCAUGCUGCACGAGAACCUCCACAAACGCACUCAGGUCUCCGACCUGAUCUCGCUCCGCAUGCAGCUCAACGACUCGCUGUCCAGCUUCAACGAGCUCAGCAAGGCCCGGACACACGUGGCCAUCCUGUGGGCCUCACAGGCCAACACCCUGCCCGCCACCUUCUGGAGUCUCUUCUACCUCAUCAGAUGCCCGGCAGCGAUGAAGGCGGCGAGUGAGGAGGUGAGGAACGUGUUCGAGAGCUCCAACCAGAAGGUCGAUCCCAAAGAGCCUCGCCUGGUCCUGACCAGAGAACAGCUGGAUAACAUGCCUGUACUCGACAGCGUCAUUAAAGAAGCCAUGCGGCUGUCCAGCGCGUCUCUGAACGUCCGAGUGGCCAAAGAAGAUUUCCUGCUUCAUCUGGACAACAGGGAGUCAUACAGGAUCCGUAAAGACGACGUCCUGGCGCUCUACCCACAGAUGCUGCAUCUGGAUCCCGAAAUCUACGAGGAUCCUCUGAUGUAUAAGUACGACCGCUAUCUGGAUGAGAACGGGCAGGAGAAGACCAGUUUUUCCCGCGGAGGACGUAAGCUGAGAUAUUUCUACAUGCCCUUCGGCUCCGGGGUCACUAAAUGUCCCGGUCGCUUCUUCGCGGUUCAUGAGAUUAAGCAGUUCCUUGCUCUGGUCCUGUCCUACUUCCACAUGGAGCUGUUAGACUCUGGGGUGAAGGUUCCUCCUCUGGACCAGUCCCGCACCGGACUGGGAAUCUUACAGCCCACCUACGACGUGGACUUCAGAUACCGCCUCAAAACGCUGUAGGGUGAGAGCUCCGGGUGUGAGAGCUCCGGGUGUGGGAGCCGGGGAUUAUUGUAAAUAGUGUAAAUGACAGUGAGUGAUCAGGAAACGUGAUGCUGCCACCAGAAAAGUUAAAUAAGUGUCAAAUGUCUGUAUGUAAAUAAAGCGAACUGUACAUCAGUUUUAUUCUGUGAGGUGAAACAGAAUAAAAAUCUGUUUUUCCUUUUUUUCUAUUUUUAUCUCUACUCAAAAAAUUUAUAUUUUUAAAUCAUUAUUUCUA